CACAUUACCAUGUCUUACGAUCAAGAAGCUAUUGAAUUCCAGCAGGAAGUUGAAAAAGUCAAGCAGUGGUGGGCAUCCCCACGUUUCAGACUUGUCAAGCGUCCUUACACCGCUGAGGCUAUUGUUUCCAAGCGUGGUAACUUCCCUAUUGCUUACCGCUCUGAUGUUCAGGCCAAGAAGGUCUGGAAGAUCCUCCAGGGCCACAAGAAGAACGGCACCACUACCCACACAUUUGGUGCUCUUGAUCCUGUCCAGGUCACUCAGAUGGCCCCUUACCUUGAGACCGUCUAUGUCUCUGGAUGGCAAUGCUCUUCUACUGCCUCCUCAAGCAACGAGCCCGGACCCGAUCUGGCCGACUACCCCAUGGACACUGUUCCCAACAAGGUUGAGCACCUCUUCUUCGCCCAGCUUUUCCACGACCGCAAGCAGCGUGAGGCCCGUCUCUCCAUGUCUGCUGAGGAACGCGCAAAGACCCCCAAGAUCGACUACUUGCGCCCCAUCAUUGCCGAUGGUGACACCGGUCAUGGUGGUAUUACCGCUGUUAUGAAGCUUGCUAAAAUGUUCGUUGAGCGUGGUGCUGCUGGAAUGCAUGUUGAGGAUCAGUCUCCUAGCACUAAGAAGUGCGGACACAUGGCUGGUAAGGUUCUUGUACCCAUUGGUGAGCACAUCAACCGUCUGGUCGCUAUCCGUGUCCAGUAUGAUAUUAUGGGAGUUGAGAACCUGAUUGUUGCCCGUUCUGAUGCUGAGGCCGCCACCCUCCUUACCAGCAACAUCGACACCCGUGAUCACGAGUUCCUUGUCGGUACAACCAACCCUAACCUCCGUGCUUUGGCCACUGUCAUGACUGAAGCUGAAGCUGCCGGAAAGCAAGGUGGUGAGCUCCAGGCUGUUGAGGACGACUGGAUCGCCAAGGCUGGCCUUAAGCGUUACGGUACCGCUGUUGCCGAUGAGCUCAAGAAGGCUGGCAAGGCCAAGCAGGCCGAGGAAUUCCUUGAGAAGAUUCACUUUAAGUCCAACGCUGAGGCUAGAGCCCUCGCCAAGACCUAUGGUGUAGAAAUCUUCUGGGACUGGGAUCUUCCCCGUGUUCGUGAGGGUCUUUACCGUUACGAGGGUGGAACUGAGGCCGCAACCUCCCGUGCCAUCGCCUAUGCUCCUUACGCUGAUAUGUUGUGGAUGGAGACCAAGAAGCCCAUCCUGUCGCAGGCCGAACAGUUCUCCAAGGGUGUCCUUGCUGUCCAUCCCGAUACUCUCCUCUGCUACAACCUUUCUCCCUCAUUCAACUGGGACGCUGCUGGUUUGAACGAUCAGGCCAUGGGCACCUUCAUCCAGUCUUUGGGCUCUCUUGGCUUUGCCUGGCAGUUCAUUACUCUCGGUGGUCUCCACGCCAAUGCUUUGGCCACCGCCGUCUUUGCCAAGAGCUUCAAGGAGCGGGGUAUGCUCGGUUAUGUCACCAACGUCCAGCGCAAAGAACGCGAGAACAAUGUUGAUGUUCUCCAGCAUCAGAAGUGGUCUGGCGCCAACUAUGUUGAUGAGCUUAUCAAGGUCGUCACUGGUGGUGUUGCUGCAACUGCCGCAAUGGGCAAGGGCGUUACUGAGGAUCAGUUCAAGGCCUAGAUUAUUACCCUCCCCCUUACUUGAACUUCCUCUCCUGUAUAAAAAAAUGACUACCAUAUUCCUUUCUUCCAUCUGUCUUUCAAUAAACGUCACCCAUAAGAUCCCCCAC